CGCACUACACCUACCCCCAAAGGCAGUCAAAGGAGAAACUCUUCCUUCAAUUGGGAGUCCUGCGCGGUGCACGCACCAUCUCACCCUGCUGUGUCGCCCUGCAGAGGACAUCCGGAGGCUGAUCCCUACCCACCCCGCUCCUCUGUGCGGAAGCAGGGAUUCAAAAGGCGCCCGGGACUGGAAGAAGCAUGCUCCGCGGCAGGUCCUUGUCUGUGACUUCCCUGGGUGGGCUUCCUCAGUGGGAAGCUGACCCACUUCCUGUGGAGGACUUACUACUUUUUGAAGUUUCUUGGGAGGUGGCCAACAAAGUCGGAGGCAUCUGCACUGUGAUUCAAACCAAAGCCAAAACCACAGCGGAUGAAUGGGGAGAAAAUUACUUUCUGGUGGGCCCAUAUUUCGAGCCGAAUAUGAAGACUCAAGUUGAGCAGUGUGAGCCCGUCAACGACGCUGUCAGAAGGGCAGUGAGCACCAUGAAUGAGCAUGGCUGCAAGGUGCAUUUUGGAAGAUGGCUGAUAGAGGGGAGCCCCUAUGUGGUGCUUUUUGACAUCGGUUCUUCAGCACAGAAUCUGGAUCGGUGGAAGGGCGACUUCUGGGAAGCCUGCGGUGUUGGCAUCCCUCAUCAUGACCGAGAAGCCAAUGAUAUGCUCAUAUUUGGGUCUUUAACUGCCUGGUUCUUAAAAGAGGUGGCAGACCAUGCAGACGGUAAACACAUCAUUGCCCAAUUCCAUGAAUGGCAGGCUGGAACCGGGCUGAUCCUUUCUCGAGCCAGGAAACUUCCCAUUGCCACAGUAUUUACAACACACGCCACACUACUUGGACGGUAUCUGUGUGCAGCAAACAUUGAUUUCUACAACCAGCUUGAUAAGCUCACAUAUGUAGUGUCUUCAGCAACAGAGCCUUACCAUCCAGUUCCGGCGGUAACCAAGAGCAGGUUCGACAUAGACAAAGAGGCUGGGGAAAGACAGAUUUAUCACCGCUACUGCAUGGAGCGGGCCUCCGUGCACUGCGCACACGUGUUCACCACCGUGUCAGAAAUAACAGCCAUCGAGGCGGAGCACAUGCUGAAGAGGAAGCCUGAUGUGGUGACUCCAAAUGGCUUGAAUGUUAAGAAGUUUUCAGCAGUGCAUGAAUUUCAAAAUCUCCAUGCCAUGUACAAAGCCAGGAUCCAGGAUUUUGUUCGAGGUCAUUUCUAUGGUCAUCUGGACUUUGAUCUUGAAAAGACUUUAUUCCUUUUCAUUGCUGGGAGGUAUGAGUUUUCAAAUAAAGGAGCAGACAUCUUCCUGGAAUCCUUAUCCAGGCUUAAUUUCCUCCUGAGGAUGCACAAGAGUAACGUCACUGUGGUAGUGUUUUUCAUCAUGCCUGCCAAGACAAACAAUUUCAACGUGGAGACCCUGAAAGGCCAGGCAGUGCGGAAGCAGCUGUGGGACACUGUACAUUCUAUGAAGGAAAAGUUUGGAAAGAAACUCUACGAUGCGUUACUAAGAGGAGAAAUUCCUGACAUGAAUAAUAUUUUGGAUCGGGAUGACCUAACAAUUAUGAAAAGAGCCAUUUUUUCGACUCAGAGACAUUCUUUGCCUCCUGUGACCACUCACAACAUGAUUGAUGACUCCACAGACCCCAUUCUCAGCACCAUUAGACGCAUCGGACUUUUCAACAACCGUGCAGACAGAGUCAAGGUGAUUUUGCAUCCGGAGUUUCUAUCCUCCACCAGCCCCCUCUUACCCAUGGACUAUGAAGAGUUUGUCCGAGGUUGUCAUCUUGGGGUGUUUCCAUCUUACUAUGAACCCUGGGGUUACACUCCAGCUGAGUGUACCGUGAUGGGCAUCCCCAGCGUGACAACAAACCUGUCCGGCUUUGGAUGCUUCAUGCAGGAGCAUGUAGCUGACCCUACUGCAUACGGGAUCUACAUCGUCGACAGGCGUUUCCGCUCUCCUGAUGAUUCUUGCAAUCAGCUGACUCAGUUUCUCUACGGGUUUUGCAAACAGUCGCGCCGUCAAAGAAUCAUCCAGAGGAACCGCACUGAGAGGCUCUCGGAUCUUCUGGACUGGAGAUAUUUAGGCAGAUACCACCAGCAUGCCAGGCACCUGACACUGAGCAGAGCUUUUCCAGAUAAAUUCCAUAUGGAGCCCAUGUCGCCACCAACGACGGAAGGGUUUAAAUACCCCAGGCCUUCUUCAGUCCCGCCUUCUCCAUCAGGAUCUCAGACGUCCAGUCCUCAGAGCAGUGAUGUGGAAGAUGAAGGAAAUGAGGAUGGGCGAUACAACGAGGAGGAGGAGGCGGAGAGGGAUCGGCGCAACAUCAAGUCCCCGUUCGCUCUGAAUCACGUUCCUUGGGGGAAGAAAAAGCUUCACGGGGAAUACAAGAACUGAGCGCCACCACCGGGCAAGCAGAGCUGAUGGAGUGGAGCCUAGCAAACGAGGCUUUCAGAGAAUGAAAAUGACCCGCUUUUAUUUCUAAGAAUUAUAAGGAAUUUAUUCUCUGCUAAAACAAAAAAAAAAAAUUAAGCGAUGAAGUGAAUGACAGCGUUUGUAAUUUAGAAUAAAAUGCAAGAUUUUAUCUCCGAGUCUUGUUUGCCCUGUAAAUGUAGACAUGAGAAGGCAUCUUAAAGGGGGAAAGAUUGGAGGCAUUUUGAAGAUGGUUAAUUUAGCUGGGGGUGGCAGGUUCAUGGCUCUAAUCCUACCACUCAGGAAGCUGAGGCAGGAGGAAUUCACCAGUUUGAAGAUUAGCUUGGACUUUAUAGUGAGUUUCAGGUCAGUUUUGUCUACAGAGUAAGAUCCUAUCUCAAAAAAAGGAGGAGGAGGGUGAAUUUAAGCAAUCAGGAUUUUUAGGCUACUGAUUAUUUUUUAAGUUACCAUCAUAAUCCUCUGAUUAAUAUUUCUACAGUGCCUACACUCUACUAAACAAGUCUCCUCCACCAAAGACCCAGAUCUUAACCAUGACUGGAUGACUCACAUUUUAAAUAAACAAGAUUUUAUUAUUCUUCAUCUUUAAUGUAUACUAAAACUAUGAAUUUAUAUUUAGCUUUGUAGAAGAUUUUUUAUUCAGAAUCCAUGCUCAAAUUAAUGAUAGAAAGAUGUUACCACCUACAGUGCAUGACCUUAUUGUAACAUUUUGUUGUUUAAAUGGAAAUUUCAGUUAAUCUUCUAGAGAUAACAAAUUGUUAAACCCAAAUGAAUAAAUAUAUAAAUAUUUAAA